CCGGGGUCAGGCCGAGGACGCGGGCUGGCGGGGGGACGGGGCCGGGGCCGGGGCUGGGCCCGGCCGGGAGCGGGGCGGCGCCCGGGGGGACCGGGCGUGCCCACGUGACCGCCCCGCCCGCCGCCUGCGGCCGCCGCGCCCCGCCGCCUCGCUCGGGCUGCAGCUGCCGGCGUGCCCCGCACUAGCCGCUGCUCGCCCCUCCCUCUCCUCCCUCUCCUCCUCCCAGUGCCACAGAGCCGGAGCUCGAGUCGCCGCCGCAGCCACCGCCGCGGACACUAUGGCUUCUGGAGUUACAGUGAAUGAUGAAGUCAUCAAAGUUUUUAAUGAUAUGAAAGUAAGGAAAUCUUCUACACAAGAGGAGAUCAAAAAAAGAAAGAAGGCAGUUCUCUUCUGUUUAAGCGAUGACAAAAGACAAAUAAUUGUAGAGGAAGCAAAGCAGAUCUUGGUGGGUGACAUUGGUGAUACUGUAGAGGACCCCUACACAUCUUUUGUGAAGUUGCUACCUCUGAAUGAUUGCCGAUAUGCUUUGUACGAUGCCACAUACGAAACAAAAGAGUCUAAGAAAGAAGACCUAGUAUUUAUAUUCUGGGCUCCUGAAAGUGCGCCUUUAAAAAGCAAGAUGAUUUAUGCUAGCUCUAAAGAUGCCAUUAAAAAGAAAUUUACAGGUAUUAAACAUGAGUGGCAAGUAAAUGGCUUGGAUGAUAUUAAGGACCGUUCGACACUUGGAGAGAAAUUGGGAGGCAAUGUAGUAGUUUCACUUGAAGGAAAGCCAUUAUAAAAUGACAGUCAAGUGCCAUCUGGAUCUUAAGGAGCUUCCAUUUCUCCAGCUCAGUCCUCGGAAUAGUAUUAGGUUUUGUGGGUUUUUUUGUUUUGUUUUAUUCCCCUUUCCACUGGGCCCUUCCAACACAAUGAAUGAAGGAGAUACCAUUCAUUUAAGCAGCCUAUCAGUGAUUGCCAUUAGACUGUUUAAUACUGUUACUUUUAUGUAGAGCCUAAGGAAUGCCUUCUUGUUAUAUUUUAGCCAAAACCCCUACAGCAAGCACUACAAUGAAUGUGUUUGUCAAUGUGAAUAGCUUAGAAUACUGCAAAGGGUAAGCUAAUUGAAUGCCUUGAAAGUAUUAUCCACUGGUCAGAUGGUAAACUUUUUUCAGUAUUAUUUAAAGUUCCACUUGAUUGCAGUCUGAGGCUCGAGCAUUGAUACACCUCACCUGCCUUGGCAAGGCUAUAUUUGUGACAUGGCAGCACGGAUAUAACACUAUGCAUUAAAAGCACUUUUUUGUAACAAGUUUAAUCUUCCAAAAGGAAUGCCAAUUAAGUUUCGUUAACUGUGUCAUCAAUUUAUCCUAGUACCUCAGUGUUCAUUCCUGUUACCUGCAUAUCUUAAAAGAAAUAGCUGUUAUUAAUGCCUUUUUGUUUUCUGUUGUGUGUACACUACUGAGUAAGUAUAGGAGUUUUAUGUUUACCAUGUGAAUCCUGCAACACUAAAGAUACUUUGAAUAUCAGUCAUGAUGGCAAUUUCUGUAUAAAAGCGCCUUAAAUGGAACAUUGUUUUGAGAUCAGACUCCCCACCCUCACAAAAAUGGCCACGUUGCAAUAAAAAUUGUGGCAUAUUAUAGAAUGUUGCCUUGUUUUCCUUGGAAAUUUUGCAAAUGUUAUGUGAAACCACUUCUAGGGUAAACAGCUAUUAUUAAUCUCUGCACUGGUAAUUUGUGAAUUUUUUGUACAACAUUCAUGCAUGAUAUUUUCCAUAUUUGUUGGAUUUGUUUGCUUUUGAAAAAUAUUCUAUUCUAAAGCCAACAUAAAAUACCAUUGUUAAAGGGUGAUACUUUUAUAAACAUUAGUUUAUUUAUUUCCUUAUGUGUUAAUACAGAAAUCAGAAAUUAUUUUUUGCACUUUGACAUACUCUUUAGUAUCUGAUUUGUUCUCUGGAUAAAUUAGCAUAGUUAUUUUUUUAUUCACGUUUACAUUUCUAAGUAGUUGUGUAGUAGAAGCAGGAAGCUCUCAACUGCUUAUUUGGUCAUAAGGAAAAUAAUUUAUAAAAUGUCCUUCAAAAGUUUAAUGAUACUUCUGAUGUUUAAGAAUGUUCAUUUCAGCUAAUAUUUCUUAAUAUAUUUUGCAAAUUGAAUUGGAAUAAGGAAUUGAUAUAGCAGUCUUAAACUUUAGUAGUAGGAUUUGGCUGUGGUCCAGACUGCUCUCCUUAUAGAGAAUUUGAUCUGCUCAGUGUGAGCGGUUUGCUGUUAGCCAGAGCUAUUUAUGGCAAACACAUGCUUUUGUAUCUUGUCAUAGUUAUCCACAAAUGGCAAAACUGGACUUGAUUCUACUGGUAUGCAAAACAGGCAUGCUGUAAGCAGUCAGUCGUGGCUCAGAACUUAACCCCAUAGCUCUGAAGAAUGCUUUUAUCAGAAAACAGGAAAUGAAAAUAUCCCUUUAAAAAAAUUUUUUUAAUAUGUGGAAGUAAUUUGAGUUUGAUUAGAUUUUUUUCCAUAUUUUUCAGAGAUUUUUCAGAUGAGAACAUUAAAAAUAGGACUUAAAUGUCUAGGCUUCCAUUUAAAAUUAUAUGAAUGGUUUGGGAUCCUUUUGUACUGAGCAAUUUUAUUUCAGGCUUACAGCUGUCCCCGUGAGUUAUUCUGGACAUUUCAAUGACUUUUUGGUAAGGCCAAACUCUAAUAAGCAAAGAGAAUACUGAUAUAUACUAAACCAUAUAUGCAAAUGAUAUUUGCACCAUGACAUUUUUUUUGUUAUUUUCUGAUUCUUUUAAAAAAAAUACGGGACUAUAAAUCAGUUAUAUAGUAGCUUUUGUUUUUAUAGCUGAUUCCUCAACUUCCUCAUAUGCCUCUUUAUAUAAUAUCAGAGAUUAAAUACUGCUUUAAACUAUGAUACUUUGAUUUGUUAGAUUGACAAAACUGACAUUAUUAUAGUUAAGUUCAUCUUUGAAGUACAUCUUUGUGCAUAGAGCCAAAAAAAAGAUAAAAUUAAUAAUGGUUCAUGUGUUGUUUGAGACUAAUUUGGCAUUUGAAAUUAUCAUUUUAUUUUACAAUCAUUUACAAUGAAACAAUGUUCCAGUUAGCUUUAAAGGUGUACGGUGCUAAUUAGUAAAAUAUUGAGGGCAAUAUUUUACUGCUAGCUUGCAAAAUUAUAAGUUUAAAAAAUAAAAUAUGAAAAUA